AUGGCCGGGGUUGCACCACGAAGGCUGCGGGAGCCAGACGGAGGAAAUAGGAACCCUCAUAAUUCUGCAGAGCCUUCUUCUUCCAUGUUGAACGCGCGACUAUCAAAUCGGCUCUCGUCAGAUGCACAUAAUACUAUUUCACAGUUACGAAAAGAGCUGAUCGAGAAAACUUCUGGUGCUCUUCCAAAACUUGGUGAAAAUGUCAAAGACACUCUAUCCUUGAUAUGUGUUGCAUUGAAAGUUGCUUCUGAUAAUGUCCCCCCUGGAGACAUACUUACCGGAAGUGAGACAGAACGACAUCUUUCUGACUGCUUGAAUAUUGUCCAGCUUCUUGUUGAAAGCUCUCCCCGUGCUUUGCUCGAGAACCUUGAGCCGGAGGUUCUAGGUCGAGAUACACCAUUGCCCUUCUAUGCGUGGUUGGCAGUACUGUUAGUCAGCUUGAGCGCCAAAGUGCGACUUACUAGUGUAGAAGGGAAAAUUAGAGACCUUCUUUCGUUAAUGACACUUGUUCAACAUGACAUGUCUCGAUCAUUUUCUCCUCGGAAUUCUUUUUCUACGAUCCUCCGUGUCAUGGCCACUGAUAUCCUAAGCUCCUUAGAAGCGAUCGGUGUUCCGGUAUCUAACGCGGCCAGCAUUGUGCUACCCAGUAUGACCGGGCCAAUAAAUGAAGAUCUAGUAAUGAAGCUGAGUGUACCUCGACAACUGUUUCAAACAACCAUCUCCCUUGGAGAUUUCAGUCAGGCAACACACACACUUCUCUGCAUUCUCAAUGCUAUGAUCCCAAGUGUUACUGUGAAGCAAAGCAACUUCUCCAUCGCAGGAAUCACACAAGACUCUGUAACGGCGCUAAAUCUAUCUCGUCAAACUUGGAAUUGCAUUUCUUCUUGGUUGCGAAAUACUGGAGUGAGCAAGGGGCAGGAGGUGAGAAACAUAGCUGCACAAUUUCUUCAAUUCUCCGGGGAAUCAAUGAAAAGGCUCCUGGCGACCCCGAAUAUAGGACGCCUCGAGGCUCAAGCGAGCAAAAUGCUCAGCGAAUGUCUCGUUGCAUGCAUGUCUCAGAAGCUUCUCUUUCAAGACCCAGAAAUUGAGCAUAUUCUAUCCAGUUGCCUUGAUGAUGUACUGAAAUUGGAAAGUACAUCCACGGCAAUGAGGAUCGAUGUUGAAGACAUUCUCCUUCCUAAAUUUGCAACUUUAUUGGAUGACAACGAGUCUAUUUUGAAUACAUCAGUAACAAUUCAGAAUGCCGUUAAAGCGAUUCUAAGUGCCCAUGGAUUGGAUAAAGAAGGUGAUGCAAGUGAUGCACAAGGGAAUGAGCCUCAAAAACGAGCAGCUAAACGCAUUCGACUUUCGGCGUCUCAAGGAUGUCUCAACGAAAUCACCAUAUUUCAGAAAACCAUGAUGAAAGUCUCCGAACUUUUUGGAUGCAGUGAGUGGAUGGAGUUUCAAACUGUUAUGCGCUAUGCAAGGGAAAAUUAUGCGAAUCUUUCCGAGGAUCUGAAACAAGAGUUUUUCACUUUGAUUGCAAAUAUACCCUGCGCGGCAGUUUGGCAUCAAUCGGAUCAAUCUACAAUCGCUGAUGCAGAACCAACUUCAUUCCAUUGCCAAAUAUGUGAUUCCGAGCGAGCUAUAUCUCAAGUUUCUACGCCUUGGCAUAGCACUCAUGCCGACGAGUUGCGAAGUCUCUUUUCAGAUUUGAUACCCACGGUAUCACGUAACUCAGCUUUACGCAUAGCGUCCUUACUUGCGGUCAGGAGAUUUCUUUACCAUGAACCUGAGACCACACGCUUGUCACUUAAAUCCUCGGUAUUGGGAGAGAUGUGCCUUCAUUCGCUAAAGGCCUCGUCCAGAGAAUUGCGGGUCGUAGCCGGAUAUACCCUUCCUUGUUUUCUUCGCAAGCCUGUGGAUGCCGAGGUUCGACGGCAAAAUUUCGUCAUAAUUCUUGAGUGUCUGAAGAGCGUUUCUGAGCGGACAGAUAUACCUUCUCAAGAAACUUGCGUGUUUACACUGUGCAGACUGGCAGAAGUAUCUGAAGACGAAGAGCUUAACAUUAUUCUUCUCCGUCUUCUCGAAUAUUUCGGACAUACGAACCCCUAUAUAUGCGCAGUAGCUUAUACGGAGCUUGUAAAAGUUGCGCAAAGGCUAUCCACCACUGUUGCAAGUUUGCUUCGUCCAUUCUGGAGAUCUUUGUCAAUUACAGUGAUCAAGAAUCUCCGAAGCCGCCCACACAUGGUAGAGCAACUUUGUGACCUCUUAGGAAUGUCAGUCGAUAACUUUCUUCGUUUUACCGAAGUUCAUACAUUGCCAUACCUUGUGUACACCCGCCGACAGGACAUUAUUGCAAGAAUCGCAGCUACCUAUCCGUCUAAAUCAUGCUUUGAACUUUGUAUGGAACGAAACAAUUUAGCGUCGAUCAUAGCAUUUUUGCUCAGUCAGCUUGCACAAGAUCAUGAGGGCAUGAUAUACUCCUUGUUGGUGCAGGUUGAUUCUAGAUUCCAGAGUACUUCAGUAACUAUGCUGCUUAAAACUGAACCUAUCCCUAUCACUCGGGAGCUUUUGAAAAAUAUGGGUGAUGCUGGUGGUAAUCAAGACUCAAGGUUUGAUAACGCUCUCGGUCUUCUUGCAAACCUGACCCCUAAACGACGAGGCAUAGGCUCUUCAAGCUCCAAGGCUUCCUCUGAAAUUGGACCAUUUGUAGAAGAGCAUCUUUUCGGUCUCAUUGCAGACUUUGUGGAUACAGUGAAUGAUUUACACGCGCGAUACCCCGUCAUAGAGAAGAAACGCAAUAUUAUCGCCAUUGGAGAGAUGAUAAAGCUUGCUAGAGAUCACGUCAAUGCUGCCAUUCCCCAGAUUUGUGCUUGUCUCAGAUCUUCCCUCGAAGUCGAGGAGCUAUGUGACCAUGCUUUCUCGGUUUGGUGUACUCUCAUCACCUACCUCCAACCUGAGGUAGUUGAGAGUCUUACUGACCAGUCUAUUGCAAUCAUCCUCCAAUACUGGCAAAGAAUGCAAGAGAAUAGCAAACAAAAGGCAGUAAGCCUUGUCGACCACUUGCUUCAACACCACAAUUACCAACUACGAGAAAUCUUUCAGACAUUACCAUCUCUCCUAACCAUUCCUGAGAUGUUUCACUUUGAGAACGAAAUAACUAAUUUGAGAGGUGAUGUAGACAUAAGUGAGCGCCUAGUAACGUUCAGUGUCCGCUGUCAGAGUGAAUGUACGACAGUUGUUGAACAAUCACUCAGAGAACUUAUUCCAUUUUUGCGCGAUAAUGAUGAGCUCUUGCAUAGGACAUUCGUCAAUGGCCAAUAUAAUAAUGGCAUUUCGCGCUUGACAAGAUCUCUUCUUGACUGCUGUGUGAAAUUUCAAUCCAACGCCAACACAAUCGCCAUGCUAACGGCGCGUGCUCUUGGAUUGAUAGGAUGCUUGGACCCGAAUAGGGUCGAAGUGAUCGGUGAGAAAAGUGACAUCGUCGUUUUAUCAAAUUUUGCUCGAACAGAAGAAACUUUCAGAUUCACGAUGUUUUUUCUGCAAAAUGUUCUUGUCGAUGCAUUUUUAUCAGCAUCCAAUACACGUGCUCAAAGCUUUCUUGCCUAUGGCAUGCAAGCUCUCAUGAGCGCCAGUCAAAUUACCACGGAAAUCACAGCACCAUCUAACGAUCUCGAAAAAGACGAGAGACACCAGCAGUGGCUUGGUCUGCCUGAAACCGUGAGAAAUACAGUCACUCCAUUUCUUACGUCAAGAUAUGCCAUUACUUUAGGCGCCGCAAAAGACGAGUACAAAUACCCGCUAUUUAAGCCCAACAUGAGCUAUGGCGAUUGGCUUCGUAAAUUCACAGCAGAUCUUUUGCACAAGGGGUACAGUCUCAAUGUGCAAGUUAUCUUUUCAGUUUGUGCUAGAAUUAUUCGCGGUCAAGACAUAAGAAUCCCAUCUUUUCUUCUACCAUUUGCCGUGUUGAAUGUUGCAGCUGAUGGCCCCGAGCAGCAUCGACAAGAAGUAAGGGAGGAGCUGGUACGCAUCCUGUCUUUCCCAUCACCUGAAAACAAUACCAGUAUGAGGGAGAAUCUUCUUCUUUGCAGUGAGAACGUUUUCAGCGUUAUAGAUUAUUUGUCGAGAUGGGUGCAAGGGAAAAAGAAGCAGCACGCUAUAUUAGCUAGUCAUUCCUCUGGAAAUCGCGCCCAAGCAGAAAUGAUGCUUGAACUCUCAUCAAUACAGAUUAAGAACGUCGAGCAAAUUCUAUCUUCUAUACCUCCUGAGGUAAUCUCAAAGAGAGCUGUUGAAUGCAAGUCAUUUUCCAGAGCGCUACUCCAUUGGGAACAGUACAUUCGACAGCACAGGAGCAGCUUUGAUGAGGACUCUAGUAGCACACAGCUAGAAUCACUCUACCAACGGCUUCAAGAUAUAUAUACGCAAAUCGACGAACCGGAUGGCAUAGAAGGAAUUUCCACGCACUUGCAUGUGUUUAAUGUCGACCAACAAGUCUUGGAGUACCGCAAAACGGGGAGAUUGGUAGCUGCUCAAAGCUGGUAUGAAUUGCAGCUAGACGAGGAGCCUGACAACAGCGAGGCGCAACUGAACUUACUUACCUGCCUCAAGGAGUCUGGGCAGCAAGAUGCACUUCUCAAUAAAUUUGAGACAUUUCGGAGAUCAGAAACAUACUCAAGAAAGCUCCUUCCAUUUGCUGUUGAAGCUUCUCUCUGGUCCGCGAAAUGGGCCAAGCUAGACGAAUAUCUGACUCUUUCUGUCCAAGAAAGCACCCGCGAUUUUACUGUUGGCAUAGCAUCCGCACUAAAUGCUCUUCGGAAUGGCCAGAAAGACAUUUUUCGUGAAAGCCUCAAAAAUUUAAGACUUAACAUAACGAAGUCAAUGUCGACCUCUUCAACAAUGUCUUUACAGUCAUGCCAUGAUGAGUUGCUCCAACUUCAUGCUCUCUCGGAAGUUGAGGCCAUCGUGGAUGCAGAUAUCAAAACAGCAAAAGCCAAAACCAAGCUUAUGGAUGCUCUAGAUCACCGGCUAGAUCUACUAGGUGUGUACAUUUCGGAGAAACAAUAUCUUCUAGGACUGAGACGGGCCGCUAUGGGGCUUUCGAAUGCAUUCUCGGAACAGGAUAUAGCUGCUGUGUGGCUUACAAGUGCUCGCCUUUUUCGAAAGAAUGGCCAUAUAGGACCUGCUUAUAAUUCUGUCAUGCACGCAGCUCAGUUGAAAGCAAAAUCAGCUUCUAUUGAACAUUCUCGUCUCCUAUGGAAGGAUGGUCAUCAUCGCAAAGCUAUUCAGGACUUGAAGGGUGCAAUAGAUGCCAACGCUUUCAUCGCUCAUGACUACGAAUUAUCAACUUCUGAGUCAAUCUCAAUCACUAGAGAUCGUCAUCAAAAAGAAAAUAUUCCUGCCGCGAAGGCUCAUCUGCUACUUGCGAAAUGGACGGACCGAUCUGGACAAACUCACUCGGAUGUUAUAGUUCAGAGAUAUCGGGAAGCGAUCAGAUUGUAUGCCAGGUGGGAAAAGGCUCAUUAUUAUCUUGGAAAGCAUUACAACAAGAUAAUUGAGUCUGAAAGGGCGAAACCACCAGGAAAGGAGGCACAGAUUUAUCUGAGCGGCGAAGCUUCGAAACUUGCCAUAGAUAACUACCUGCGAUCCCUUGCCAAUGGAAACAAAUUUGUUUUCCAAACUUUGCCCAAAGUGCUCACUUUGUUUUUGGAACAUGCAUCUAAUAUAGAUCAAACCUUUGACCCAAGGAGAGGUGAAAACGCCGAGUUUCAAAGACAGGUUUCUACUCAACGUAAGAAGACUUUAAAGGACAUGCAUGCGCAACUGAAAAAAUAUACCAUUCGCAUACCUGCUGAAGUGCUCUUCACGGUUCUUGCACAAGUGGUCGCUCGGAUAUCCCACUCUAAUUCCAUGGUAUCAGAGAUAUUGACCGGCAUAGUAGUCAAAACCAUCACACACUUUCCGCGCCAGGGCCUUUGGACUGUUCUAGCUUUGGUCAAGUCAUCUUCAAAAGACCGCGCCUCAAAAGGAAUAGCAUGUCUUCAAAAGAUUGUGGAAGGUACUAAGAGGGAAGAUCGAGGUAGCAUCUCAGCAUCUGAGAUCCGGUCGAUGGUAAAUCAAGGCCAAAAGUUCUCCGAUGAGUUACUCAGGCUAUGCGUUGCCCCGGUAGAAGAAAAAGUGUCGAAGAUCAGCUUGGCGCGAUCCCUGGGCUUCAAUCACAAAGUGGCUCCAUGCCGUCUUGUUGUUCCGUUUCAAACUAUGCUAACGCCAAUCUUACCUCCUUCCCAUGACAAGAAAUUUCUGUCACAAUUUCGUCCUUUCCCAGGAGACGUUGUCAGCAUAGAGAAGGUUCUGGAUGAUGCAACAGUCCUAAAUUCGUUGCAAAAGCCUCGCAAAAUCAGCAUUCAAGGCACGGACGGAAAAGUAUAUAACCUUUUAUGCAAACCCAAAGAUGACCUCCGAAAAGAUCAGCGCCUUAUGGAGUUCAACAAUAUGAUCAAUGGGUUUCUGAAAAGAAAUGGUGAAUCACUCAAACGACGAAUGUACAUUAAAACCUACGCCGUGACACCAUUGAAUGAGGAAUGUGGGCUUAUUGAAUGGGUUGAUAAUCUGCGCACGCUUCGAGAAAUCGUAACCAAGCUUCUGCGGGAAAGGGGGAUUGCACCAAAUUACAAUGAGAUCAGACAUUACUUGAAUGAGGCCUGUUCCAACGAGGAAAACUUACCGGUUUUUACAACAAAGAUAUUAGCAAAGUUUCCACCAGUUUUGCAUGAGUGGUUUGUUGAAAUGUUUCCGGAUCCAGAUGCUUGGUUGGCAGCGAGGAUGAGAUACACCCGUACCAGUGCUGUCAUGUCAAUGGUCGGGCAUGUUCUUGGUCUGGGUGAUCGUCAUGGUGAAAACAUACUUUUCGAAGAAGGCACCGGGGGCGUAUUGCAUGUAGACUUCAAUUGUCUUUUCGACAAGGGGUUGACAUUCGAUAAACCCGAGGUGGUCCCCUUUCGUCUUACUCACAACAUGGUGGAUGCCUUUGGGGCAUAUGGUUACAAUGGGCCUUUCCGAAAGACUUGUGAAAUAACGCUGGGCCUUCUACGUCAGAACGAGGACGCACUCAUGACUAUUCUUGAAACAUUUUUAUAUGACCCAACAACCGAUUUCAUCGGGAGAAAGGCAAGUUGA